GUGAUCUUGUUUGCUGUGUAGGUCUGUCGAGUCAUGGCCCUUCAGAUGCUGACCUUGUUUUUGGCUGCCUACGGUUGGUUGAUGCAUCCAACAGCUUCUAAUAAGCUGCCAGGAUGUCACCUGACCUACCAAAAUGUGAGCUUGGAGAAAGAAGGAUGCCUCUCGUGUAGCCUCGUGGAGACAACCAUUUGUUCUGGAUACUGCUCCACAGAGGUAACGUUUCUUCUCUGGCGUUUCCCUCGACAGACAACUGCAACAAUGUUGUAUUGGUUGUCUUCCAUGCAGUACCCUAUCUUCUACGGCUUCCCUAGCGAAGAGCCUCAAGUGUGUAUGUAUGAGCGUGUGCACCACCAACAGUUUGAGCUGUCUGACUGCCUUCCAGGCGUGGACCCUGUAGUCAAGUACCCAGUGGCAUUAAGCUGCAGUUGUGCAGCAUGCUCCAUCCUCACGUCCAACUGUAAUGAGGAACCCAUGGAACCUACCAAACCUGACCUCUGUGCUCAGAUGCCCGCUAAGUAAUUUGUGACCUUUGUAUCACUUACCUUUGUGUCGUCUUCAUGUUUGCGAUUGUAGAAUGGAUAAUAGUGAAGAUAGCAGUUUCAACAGGAACCAUGCAGGAUCGUGUCUUUGCAUGUUUAGACAGAAUGAAUAGCACAUAAAUUGUACAUGGAUACUUUAUUUAGAUUUUGUAUUGUGCACUUGUGUUUGAUCAGUUAUGAAGGAAACUAAAUAAAAGCAGUAAUUCAAACUACUGUCUUGAAUGACA